UAAAGCCCCCCUUGGUUCCUAAGUUUAUCAUCAAAUCAUAAGUUCAAGUUAAUUAGCAACAAGCAGGCAAUUAAGAUAUAUUCAAUGACGAUGAUGAAGAGCCAAGUAGCUUCCCUCCUCGGCCUCACCUUGGCCAUCCUCUUCUUCUCAGGCGCACAUGCAGCGAAAAUCACUUUCACAAACAACUGCCCCAACACUGUCUGGCCAGCAACCCUAACCGGUGACCAAAAACCUCAAUUAUCACUCACCGGGUUUGAACUAGCAUCCAAAGCUAGCCAGUCAGUGGACGCUCCAUCCCCAUGGUCUGGUCGCUUCUGGGCCAGAACUAGAUGUUCCACAGAUUCCGCUGGAAAAUUCUCUUGUGAAACUGCAGACUGUGGCUCUGGCCAGGUUGCAUGCAACGGCGCAGGCGGAGCUCCACCAGCAACUUUAGUAGAAAUCACAAUCGCAGAAAACGGGGGUCAAGAUUUUUACGAUGUUAGCCUUGUUGACGGCUUCAACUUGCCCAUGUCCGUUGCCCCACAAGGCGGCACCGGCGAGUGCAAGGCCUCAACUUGCCCUGCGGAUGUUAACGCGGCAUGCCCGGCUGAGUUACAAGUGAAAGCGGCUGAUGGGAGUGUCAUCGGUUGCAAAAGUGCUUGCGUGGCUUUCGGUGAGCCGAAGUACUGCUGCACGCCGCCGAAUGAUCAGCCGGGGACAUGUCCUCCCACAGAGUACUCUCAGAUCUUUGAGCAGCAGUGCCCUCAAGCUUAUAGCUACGCUUAUGAUGAUAAAAACAGCACAUUCACCUGCAAUGGCGGACCUGACUACGUCAUUACAUUCUGCCCAUGAGCAUGUAAUGAAAUGGGAUUUACAUAUAGAUGAUGUAUCUCUCUUUACGUAGCAAGUAAAGGAGAAGAAUAAAUAAUGUGGACAUCUUGACACAUUGAUGAUGUCAAGAAUUUGUAAUAUGAAUUACAAGAUCAAAUAAAGGAAUAUAUAUAUGUUAUUAUUUUAUUUC